UACACGAACACGAACAAGCUUAUCAUGGCACUUCAGGCAACAAUAAUGGCUCUCCUCGUCGUCUUCUUCUUCAAGCACAUUUCCAUGGCUCGAGGAGACAUUGGCAUGGCCACAACCUAUGGCCCUCCAUAUCUACCCACCCUAUGUAAUGGGAAUCGCAUCGAUCAGUUCCCACCUGGCAACCUCUUUGUGGCCGUGAAUGAAGGGCUAUGGGACAACGGUGCUGCUUGCGGUCGACGUUAUAGAAUAAGAUGUUUGAGCGGACGAAAUCACCCAUGCAAGACUGAUAUCAUCGAAGUUCAGGUGGUGAACGUCUGCCCUAAGUCCCCGUGCCCCUCUUCCUUUCUCAUGUCUAAAGAGGCCUUCAGAGCCAUCUCUCGCCUACCCAAUGCUAGACUCAACGUCGAAUAUAUCGAAAUAUAACAUGUCGGGUUUUGCAAAGUACUUCAAAGCAUAAUUUCCUAUGUAAUAUAGGAAAACCAAAUAUACAUAAACGCGUC